CGCGCGGGCGCCCGUGCUUUGAAAUGCAGCGGGAUCUGGGGAGCUUCCCGUUGUCCCCGAGCGUGCGAGUGAAGCUGGUGAGCGCAGGUUUCCAGACUGCUGAGGAGCUCGUGGAGGUGAAGCCCUCCCAGCUCAGCAAAGAAGUUGGGAUCUCUAAAGAAGAAGCCUUAGAAACGUUGCAAAUCAUAAGAAGAGAAUCUCUGACAAAUACAGCAAGAUGUGCUGGUCCAUCUGAGUCGGGCAAGAAGUGUACAGCACUGGAACUGCUUGAGCAGGAGCACACCCAGGGCUUCAUAAUUACCUUCUGUUCAGCGCUUGAUCAUAUCCUUGGGGGAGGAGUACCCCUAACAAAAAUAACAGAAAUUUGUGGUGCACCAGGUGUUGGAAAAACACAAUUAUGUAUGCAGUUGGCAGUAGAUGUGCAGAUACCAGAGUGUUUUGGAGGAGUGGCAGGGGAAGCCAUUUUUAUUGAUACAGAGGGAAGUUUUAUGGUCGAUAGAGUGGUAGACCUUGCAACUGCCUGCACUCAGCACCUUCACCUGAUAGCAGGAACUCAUGUGGGAAAUGAACACCAGAAAGCUCUGGAAGAUUUCACUCUUGAAAAUAUUCUUUCCCAUAUUUAUUAUUUUCGCUGUCGUGACUACACGGAAUUACUGGCACAAGUUUACCUUCUUCCAGACUUCGUUUCAGAACACCCAAAGGUUCGAUUAGUGGUCGUGGAUAGUAUUGCUUUUCCUUUUCGUCAUGACCUUGAUGACCUAUCCCUCCGAAUCCGAUUACUGAAUGGCUUUGCCCAGCAGAUGAUCAGCCUUGCGAAUAAUCACAGAUUAGCUGUAAUUUUAACCAAUCAAAUGACAACAAAGAUUGAUAGAAAUCAAGCCUCACUGAUUCCUGCUUUAGGGGAAAGUUGGGGACAUGCUGCUACAAUACGGCUGAUCUUUCACUGGGACCGAAAACAGAGGUUGGCAACUUUGCACAAAUCACCAAGCCAGAAGGAAUCCACAGUACUGUUUCAAAUCACACCUCAGGGGUUUAGAGAUGCUCCUCAUGCUCCUGCAUGUUCACUGACAAAGGAAGCUUCACUGAAUUCCCGAAAACGGUCACGAGAAUUGGAGAAAGAAGCACAGGGAUCCAAAGAUUAAUCUCAAAGUAUAACAAAUUAUUGCUGCUGUGAAAAUCAGUGGUAUAAGUUGUAAACAUGUUCACGUAAAAUAUAAACAUGCAUUAUGGCAUGAGUGAGUCAGUAAUAUACUAGAGUAGGGAAAAAGGAAAGACUACGAUUCUCUGAAAAUGUUCUUCUAAAACUGUUGUACAAUUGUAUUUUGUUUUGGUAACAGUCAGAAAUGCUGAUGUAGGCAUUGUUCCAGGGGGCAUAAAAAAUUCAUAGAAAAUUCUAUUAUCUCUUCAUUUCAUUUUUCAUUAAUUAUUUCACAAAUAUAGAAAGCUGAUCUUAAAUGGCCUAUCUGAAUUUACCAUGCAGAAUGUUUCUUCUUUUUGUGUUUGGGGGAAUGAGUGAGGUGAAGGUAUAUUGUGUUGUUUUAAACAUUGGCAGGUUCCUUUAAUUAAUUAUCUUUCCAUUUUAGCCUGUGCCCUCCAAACACGAGGAUAAUUCUAUUUGUAUAUUAAAACCAUGAAAAAAACUGGAUUGUGGGGGGGGUGGGUGUGUUUUUUCUUUUCUAGUUGCCUAGAAAAUCCUAGGAAGAAAAAGAUGUUUUUCAUUUUCCUAUUGUGUACUUUUCUAUAAAUGUAGCUUUGAUAAUUCUUUAAAAUGACAGGUUUUGAACCUUUUAAAGAGAAACCACAGCCAUGAGUCAGCAUAUCAUUAUAUUUAGUUAGAUGGGUAAGAUACAAAUUUUAGAUGACAAAACUGAUUUUAGUGACCUCAAUCCAAAAUCUAAGCCAUUUGUUUAAUUUUCUAUAUUAUUUCAUAAUGUUAUAGGAAGGCCUUUGAAGCUGUUAUCUCAUGUAGAAAUUGUUUAAAGCGUUUACCUUCCAGAAUAGUCAGGUUGAUAAACUCAAAAUUAUUUAUUUCUAUAUUAUAGAAAUCUGAAAUGUACCAUUCUAGAAUUACAUUGACUUAAAAAAAAUUGUAACUAUAUGAGUAAAUAUAAAAUUUUGGGUUUGUGAAUGGUUUCAGAAUCUGACACCUUUUCAGUUUAUUCACAACUUUUUGGUUCCUAGUGAAAGGAAAUUUAGAUAAUUGGAUACUAUGUACUUUGACAAUCAGGUUUUCCAGAUUUUAGUGAUAGGUGGUAUAUCCUAUUGUAGACUAUACAUCAAAUUUAGAAAAUUUAUUCAAAAUAACUCUUCUGCGGUCGAUUAUUCACAGGAUUAUUGUAGUUUACCAGGACUUUUUUGGGAAGUGAAAGUGGGCACUGUUAACAAUUACAUUAGGACAGUGAACAUAAACUGGGACUUGGCAGGCAGAUCAAGCAUAUAAUCACCAAGACUAGAUAAGACUAAUUUCACAUGACUAAUAUAAGAGGACUGAUUGUAACUUUCUUACUUUUGAAGACCAUAAUGUAUUUUUGUUUUGUUUUGUUUUAUCUGUGGCAAAAAUAUAUACAAUUACAUUCCCAGUUCAACAGUUGUUACAUGCCAUUCCCUAUGUUCAUCAUAUUGUAUGACCAUUGCCACUGUUUUCAAAAUCAUUCUACCAUGAUCGAACACUCAGUACCUUCUAAGCAAUUACUCCCUCUUUUCUCCUUCCCUCCUACCCCCAAUCACCACUAAUAAACUUUCAUCUUUAUACAUAUUUCAUAAAAGUGGGAGCAUAUAAUAUAUGCCUUCCUGAGUGACUCAUUCAGUAAGGUUUAUCCAUGUUUAGCAUAUAUUUUUAAGACUUUAUUUCUCUUAAUGACUGACUAAUAUUCAUUCAUGUGUGUGUACACACAAGCAGUCUUCAAAGUGUACAGAAAAUACAUAUGAGAAAACUAUGCGGCUGGCAAUGAAUGUACAAAUGCGCUUUACAAAAUUGAUGUAUGUAUGGAUUGUGAUAAGAGUUGUAUGAGCCCCUAAUAAAAUGAUUAAAAAAAAGAGAGAGAAAACUAUGCGGCACUAAGAAGGGUAAGACACCCAUAUGAAAAGAGUCCUUAGGAGAGCAACAUGAAUUAUACUAAAAUUUAAAUACGUAAAUGCAAACAUUGAAUUUAUGGUGAACCUUAGAUGGAUGAAUGGUGAAAUCAUUGAUGUCUUAUGAAAACUUUAUGGGGACAGUGCCCCAAAGAAAUCAACAGUUUAUGGAUGGAUAACUCUCUUGACAGCAUGAGAUGAAGUUGAAGAUGAAGCCUGUAGCAGCAGCCCAUCCACAUUAAUUUACCUAGAAAAAAUGAACCGUCAUUAAAACAAUAUGCAUUUAUUAUAAUGCAAAGAACAAACCAAAAACCUCUCAAACUGCCAUUGAGUUGAUCUGACUCAUUCUGACGCUCUAAAACGCUGCCAUAGGCUUUCCAAGGCUAUAAACCUGCGUGGAAGCAGCUGCCACCUCUUUCUUCCAAGGAGUGACAGGCGGGUUCAAACCACAUUCUUUUUGGUUUGUAGCCUAGCACUUUAACUACUGUGCUGUUGUAUUUAUACAUGUACACACAAUUUUAAAAAAUAGAAUGGCAUCAUUUUGUUAUAUACUUAAAAAUCCUUAUGUUUUCCUAAUCCUUAAAUCUUUCUAUGACAAGUUUUUAAUGGUUAUAUAUAAGGUAAUUAAAAUUUUUCUUUUUAGAGUAUAAUUAUAUU